CCGAAGAGAGAGAGAGGGAGGGAGGCGCGAUCCUCAUGGCGCCGCCUCCUCCUCCUCCUCCUCCUGGGCUGUAGGCAGCGAGCGGCGCCGGCUCCAGCGGGCAGGCAGGCAGGCCGGCCGGCGCGACCAUGGCGCUGAGCAAUUUCCUCUUCGCCCAGUGCAUCGGCUACUUCCUCGCCUUCCUCUUCAGCUUCAUCGUGGUGGUGCCGCUGUCGGAGAACAGCAACGACUUCCACGGCCGCUGCCUGCUCUUCACCGAGGGCAUGUGGCUCAACGCCAACCUGACGGCCGAGAGGCAGCGCUUCACCGUGCAGGAGUGGGGCCCCGGCUCGGCCUGCCGCUUCAGCCUCUUCGCCGGCCUCCUCUCCCUCCUGCUCGCCGCGGUGCAGGCCUGGAGGACGCUCUUCUUCCUCUGCAAAGGCCACGAGGACUCUUUCUUCUAUGCCUUCCUGAACCUGCUAAUCAGCGCCUUCGUGGUUUUCGUCACCUUUAUUGCCAGCACCAUUGUGAGCGUUGGCUUUAACAUGUGGUGCGAUGCUAUAACGGAAAAAGGAAGCAUGCCAAAUAGCUGUGAAGAAUUACAGGAUAUAGAUCUUGAGCUGAAUUUAGAAAACUCAGCAUUCUAUGACCAGUUUGCCAUCACACAGUUUGGCCUCUGGGCUGCCUGGCUCACUUGGCUAGCAAUCACAAUUUUGGCCUUUUUGAAGGUUUAUCAUAACUACCGGCAGGAAGACCUUCUGGAUAACUUGAUUCAUGAGAAGGAGCUUUUACUAGGAUGGUCCUCAUCACGAACUUCUUUCCAGGAUGAGAAAAGUGGCAUGAUCUAAUGGGCAAAUAAGCCAAUCUACUCAACAGGGUUGCAAGAACACCUGCACUUGGCUGACCUUCUCUUCUCCUAAAGAUACAGGAUCAGUCUCAGGCCCUGAGCCUGGCAACCCUCCUCCCAUAUGCCAAACCAGAAUGUUGCGCCCUUUUUCUGUUGUUGCCUGUGUUGUUUUAAAGCAUGCAAAGAGCUUGAUUGUACUUCCAUUCUUGAUCAGACCCCAUGCCUGUCUGUCUUUCCAAGCUAAAGAACCUGUGGGGAAGACCCUUGUUUCCAGAAAAUAAUUCUGUGGAUCUGCCCCAUCACUUGGAUAGGUUUUCCAGUCUUUGCAGAUAAAUACGACCAGGAGAAUAUUUUCUUGCCGGCAAUGCGUCUUUUCUUGCAUUUCCUCUGGCACACAGGCCUUGCUGCCUGAGGCCAAGGGCAAGAUGGUACCCCCACCUUUCUACCUCCAGAAGCUGCCUCUAGUGGUAGUUGAAUCUUACUUCAGUACUGGUAAAGAGCCAGGGGGUUGCUCCUGCUGCCUCCCAGCAUUUGCUACCUGAGGCAGUUGCCUCACUCUGCCUGGCGUUAGGGCUGGCCCUGCACGUGCUUACUUAAUUGUGCAGUAAAACUAGGCUUGCCACCAAGUCCCACAUCAAGCAGAAUGUGGGGUCUGCUUGGGGAAGCAGGGUAUUGGGGUAUCCCCUGAAUACUGCAUACUCCCUCUUCUACCCAAGAGGAACUGCUAAAAUCUCAUGAAAGAGGGUCACCCAUGAGGGCAACUUUAAGGGCACAGAAGAUGGCAUCUCCCAUUGGGAGGACAUUCUACACUGCAACUUCCUCUAUGUGCCACUUUUGUGCCAUUUUCAGUGAGAAAGCAGAAACUUUUGCUGUCAGUGUUUGAGUUUUGUUCUCAGAUGUGAACAUUUCAAAACGAACCAAUUUUUAAAAAACAAUCUGAGGGGUUUUUUUUUUACAAGAUUUUAGGCAGAAUUGUCCUCUGAAUCCAGCUCCACACCUUGAUACUCCUUUGAAUGAGAGAUGCUACGGAUGCACCUAUGGAUGGAACCAUGAACCUUUUGCAUGCAAAGCAUAUUCUCUACCACUUGACUGCAUUCUUCUUUCCAACAAUGAAAGAGCAUUAUACAAAUUCAGUGUAAAUGUAACAAUAGCUUUUCGCUGGCAGAGGUCUGAACUGUUAUAGUUAUUGUGUAUUUAUGCACAUAAUGAAGAGGGUGAAUGAUUCAGUUUUUGAAUAUACUUCCCGCAGCAUGUGUACUUGUAAAUGUUCAUAAAUGUAUAAUGCAAAACUUUAUGACAGUGAAAGGAUUAUGACAAUGUGGAAGACAUGUCUUAUGUGAAAUGCAGUGGGUCAUAACAGCAAUGGAUUAAUUCGGGGGUGGGCAACCUGUGGCCCUUCUGACGUUGUUGUAGACUACAAAUCCCAUGAUCCCUGACAGUUGGCUAUGCUGGUUGGGGCUGAAGAGAACUGAAGUCCAACAACAUCUGGAGGGCCACAGGUUCCCUAUCUCUGGGUUAACUUUUCAAGGGUCAAUGUCAGCCCCAUCUCCAUUGCAACCCAGCAAAUGCCCAGUUAAAAUCGCCCUGUUCAUGGGUUUGAAAUCCCUUGCAUAGCAAGGGAAAGCAAGCAUGAGUGCCGUAGGUCUGCCUACCCUAUUGCUCUUCCCAGCGUCUUCCGUGAAAUAGAAGGAUAAUUUCUGUAGCGGGAAAUCUUUCCUACUCAUGUAGGCACCCUGUGUGAUACAGAACCCUGAUUUCCUGGGGUUCUAAAGUGUGUGGAGAGUCUAAAGGAGUAGAACAAGCUCCCAACCUCAGACGUUAUCCCUUCAACCUGUUGAGGGAGACAGGCAUGCAGAUGGGAGACCGCUUGUAUACAGUAGCGUAGUGGCAAAUUCAGAAGUGCAGGGCCUCUUCAUGGUAGUCACAACCAUACCCCUUCCCCUUUUUUUGCUGUGCGAUUGAGAAUGAGAUCCUUGUUAACGCCUUCUCCCAAAACAGACAUCCCUAGGAGCCAAUAAGCAUGAAAGAGGAGUUUUAGCUACUGGGAAGAAUCUUCUCAGUUGUUGACUCGCCUCCUUGCAUUCUGAUUGGCUCUAAUCAGCAGGAAAGGACAAGGAAGCAUGUUAGAAGACUCUUCUGAGUGGCUAACACACUCCCCUUUCAUGCUAAUUGGCUUGUAGGAUGCUGGAGACAUAGAGAGCCUGCUCCCAAAAAGUAAGGGGUCUAAGACCCCCGAGAGCCUGAAUGACUAUGCCCCUGCUUGCAUGCUCAUCCCCACAGGAAUACAGGAAGCUGCCUUAUACUAAGUCAGAGUCAUUGGUCCACCUACUUCAGCACCAUCAACACUGACUGUCAACAGCUCUCCAGGGCUUCAGGCAGGGGACAUUCCCAGCCCCACCUGGAGAAGCUAGGGACUGAACCUGGGACCUUCUGCACGUGACAGAUGCUGUCCAGCUGAGAGAUGUUCUGUCUCUGGCCCUUCUCCACUCCCCCUUAUUGCAUGAGGGAUUUAGAAUGUCUGAACAAGGCUAAUGGGAGUGCUAUUUUGAAAUUCCACAUCUGCUUUUAACUGGAAAAUGAGAUUUGAGUACCAAUCAUUGUAACUUCAGCAUUCCCUUGCCAAAAUUUGAAGUUGUAUUUGUGAGCAAAAUCCAAACUAGGUGUAAUAUCAGGUGGUCCACAAGUGGUUUUUGAAAAGAACCAUGGUGACUACUGGGAGAGAGGUGCAAAAUGCAACUUUCUCUCUCUCUCUCUCUCUCUCUCUCUCUGAAUGUAUGUGUAAUCUAUUAUGUUUAUGUCCUCAGAUUUGGAAUCUCACCUCCUGAACAGAUUUAACAUUGCCCAAUUUAAAAUGUCCAAUUCAGAAUAAAAUUUGGGAUUGAAAAGGGUUGCAUUUCUUUCAGAACCUAUGGUUAAGAGGCUAUUUAAGCAUUUGCACUCACUUCCUGAGUCCCUUUUCACUGCUUAGUUGGGCAUGAAUUGCAUGCAAUGGAUUGGAAAACCAUUGAGCUUAAAAAUGCGCAGCGCUGCUUAUUUUAUACAAAACUGAACAGGGAGUAGGUGUUUUUUUUUUAUGUCCGCAAAAUCAUAGUACAUGUCCUUUUGAUGUAACACUUGGUAUACAUCAAGCAAAUCUGAGAUAGCAAGGCCCAGGGCCCUCCAGACUGGUGAUUUAUAUGUGCGUGCGUGUGUGUGUAUUCUGCAACAUGUCCUUGACUAGUGGUGGAUUUAUUUUGCUUUAAUUUGUCCUGCGAUGCUUGCCCAAUGCUACCACGUUAUUGAUGUCCGGAGGGGAUAUUGCACAACAAAAGUGGGACAAAAAUAACCAGAAUAUUUGUGACAUAAAAUUAUGGGAUUUUUGCAGGUUAAUGGGAUAUGCACUGAUUGGAAGUGAAGCAGUGUGACUGCCCCUGACCUUUUGCAUGCGCAAACAGUAUCGAAAGCGGGAUCGUGUGUGACUGCCCCAACACCAUUAUGAGCACAAAUCAUCAUGAAUGUGCAAUCAGAAGGGUGUCUGGAGGGGCCCCCAUUCUCUUUGUCUGAAUCAAUGGUCAAGUUUCCAUUUAGAGUUGCCUAAAAUAGGAUAUGAUUGUUGAUAUUUAAUGAAUGUGCUUUAUAUCAACUGUUUCCCCAACCCCGUCUCUGGAGAGUGUUUUGAGCUUCUGAUCUGGUGCCAUAUAUAAAUAAAUU